AUGAUAUCAAGCAACGAUUCUUACAGUGAUACUGACGAUAGUUUGUCAACGUCUAGUUCAUCUUUGUCUGACACUGAUGAUGAAAUUGAUUUAACUAAAUGGACCGUUACUCCAACGGUCAAUAGAGAUCCAUUUCAGUUUGUUGGCAGUCGCGAAGUUCAAGUCAAAGGCGUUCAAACCCCUAUUGGAUUUUGGAAUUACAUUUUCCCUAGAGAUUUAGUACAAACAAUUGUAUAUGAAACAAAUCGCUAUGCUGAAAAUGUAUAUAAAAAUUCCAAUCCUCGUCAGCAAUGUUCAUGUAUAAAUAAAUGGGUUGCAACAAAUAUUGACGAAUUUAAUGCUUUUAUUGCCUUACUGAUAUUACAAGGGAUAAUAAGAAAACCCGAACUUCAGAUGUAUUUUUCAACCGAUGAACUUUUAGCUACAUCGAUUUUCAAUAAAAUUAUGACUGCUGAUCGAUUUCAAAUAUUACUUAAAAUGUUACAUUUUGAAACCGAUCACGAUCCGGACAACAAAUUGAAAAGAUCUGGCCAGUUAUUGAAGUUCUACGUUCUUCAUUCAAAAGACUGUACAAGCCAGGAAGAUUUCUAG